AUUUAGAUUAUAUAAAGUAUGUCGACUGAUGACAAUUACGGUGACAGACGUCGAAUCAAAUUCUAGCUGAACUCCUCAUGAGGUUAAAAAUGUUAUAAAGCCAAUGAAAUAAUCGUAGGCAACGGAGGCGAAGUGGAAAGCGAAUUUCAACAAAAUUCAUCAGUUGCACCGGUGCGUUACCUUAUAAAGUAUUACCUCAGUCAUAAAUAGUGAACGAAUUAUUUCACGAUCUUAUCUAUCCUGCGAUAAAACAUACGGGUAGCUGCAGUCGCCAAUUUGGUACGCAUUUAUGUGAGAAAUAAGUUGAUCGAGUUUCCUUUGCCGAAAUUUGUGCUAAAAUGGUUUAGAAAAAGAAAAUCCGGAACCGACUUCCAGGAGAUAUUCUAGUCAAAAUCCACAUUACAAUUUAUUACGGAUAGCUGUUAACUGUGAUACUUUCAGAUAUAAAUGGAGCCAGGUAUAGUGAAAAUUGCCGAAGACAGUGACUUUGACAUGUUGAAAAACCUCGUCGACGAUCACUCUAACUGGAAACUGGACUACGACAAGGGGGACGAAACAAAGGUAUGGACAAAAUCAACUCCAAACUGCAGCUUCAAAAUGGUUAAAAUUCAGGCGGUCUUCCAAGAUAUAAAGGCCAGUACAUUAUUUGAUGUACUUCACGAUCCGGAAUACCGUAAAGAGUGGGAUGAACAUAUGCAGUCAUCUAUAGAAAUAGGCUACCUGAAUCCCAAUAACGAUAUCGGAUACUAUGCGAUAUAUUGUCCGCCGCCUGUGAAGAAUCGAGACUUCGUAUUACAAAGGUCGUGGCUAGACAUGGGAGAUGAGAAAUUAAUUUUAAAUCAUUCUGUAGAACAUAAAGACUACGCUGUAAGAAAAGGAUUUAUUAGGGCAAUAUCUCAUCUGACCGGUUUCGUGAUAAGAAGUGUCCCAAACGGAUGUUUUCUUGGAUAUAUAUCACAAACUGAUCCUAGAGGAAAAUUACCACCUUGGUUAGUUAAUAAAAUUACUCAAAAAUUCGCGCCUAAAGUAGUCAAACAACUCAGGAAAGCCGCUGAAGGAUACGAGAGUUGGAAAGCAUCACAAGUUGAUCCUACACUCAAACCCUGGGUAUACCCUGAACAAACGUUAUCUUCCCCAAGAAUUAGUUUAUGUGAUUGUGUCGCCGUUGGUGUUCCUUUAGCUGCUUCAGCAGAUUGUGAAGAAUCUGACUGAUUGUUAUUUUCACAUUAUACGACGUCUGUACAAGAUUACAAAAUAUUAAAUACUACUUACCUUCGAUUUCGCUAAAAAAUAUGUUUUGACUAAAACAAUUUCUGUGGGUGAAUCGGGGACAAAUUAUACAAAUCCAAUGAAAAAUUACCAUGUUUUAUGAUAUCUAGUACAAUUAAUUUCUGCUUAACAGUUGAAUCAGUUUUCAAUUUUUAAUUAAACAAUUGACAGGUGCCUUAGUAUCGCUAUUUUAAAUAGUAAUUAUGUUGAUGUCUAAUUUGUGGUGAUUGUAUUUCAUCUCGCAAUGAAGCCGUAGAAACAUGAAUUCAUUCCGAAAAGGCAAAGGCAAGGCUAUUUCAUUUAAAUUGGUAUCUCGAAUAACACUUCUUGAAAUAAAUGAAAAAUGUAA